AUGAGGAUCUCUUUGUUUUUGGGAGUAGUUGUAUUUUUCACAUUGACCUUUGCUCAUCAUGAGGAGGGCCACCAUGAACACCAGGAUGAUCACCAUGAACACCAGGAUGAUCAACAUGAUCACAAACACGGCCAUCACCAUAAUGAGUCCUUAGCCUGCCACAGGCUAGCUCCAUACAAUUCUAAGUUUUCCUUUGACCUGUAUCGGCAGGUAGCUCUGGAUCAUCCUCACGAGAACAUCGUCUUUUCCCCUAUUAGUAUCUCUACUGCGUUUGCUUUCCUUUCCCUCGGUGCUAAAGCUCAGACCCACUCACAGAUCACUGAAGGAUUGGGUUUUAACACUUCUGAGAUCUCAGAGCAAGAAAUUCAUGAAGGCUUUAACCAUCUAUUGCGUUUCCUGAAUGAUGCGGACAGAGAGCUUCAGCUCAGUGGUGGGAACGCUCUCUUUAUUUCCAAGGAACACAAGAUUCUCCAGACAUUCUUAGAUGAAGCCAAGAGGCUCUACCACUCAGAAGCAUUUUCUACUGAUUUCAAAAAUACUCAAGAAGCCAAAAACCAGAUCAAUAGUUACGUGGAGAAGAACACCCAUGGCAAGAUCACCGAACUGCUGGACAAUGUAGACCAGGAUGCCAUAUUAGUCCUAAUCACCUACAUUUAUUUUAGAGGGAAAUGGGAGAAACCAUUUGAUGAAAAAUGGACAAAAGAAGGUGAUUUUCAUGUCAAUGAGAACACAACAGUGAAGGUUCCUUUCAUGCACAGAACAGGAAUGUACCAUGUUGCCUUCACUGACGAGGCCACCGUGGUCUCCAUACCCUAUAAAGGAGAUGCCGGUGCCAUGUUCAUCCUGCCAAAUGAGGGGAAGUUUUCUCAGGUAGAACAGAACUUUCAUAAAGAAUCAAUUAUGAAAUGGAAGAACGCACUGAACAUACGGUUGGUUGACUUAUUCCUCCCCAAAUUCUCGGUCUCUGGUACUAUAAACCUUAAAGAAACAUUAAGCAAAAUGGGUGUAGUAGACGUCUUCUCAGAUAACGCUGAUCUUUCUGGUAUCACUGAAGAAGCCAACGCAAAGAUUUCUAAGGCCAUCCAUAAAGCUGUGCUCACUGUGGAUGAGAAGGGGACAGAAGCGGCCGGCUCCACAGCCCUUGAGGCCAUCCCCAUGACGCUUCAUUCUCGCAUUAAAUUCAAUCGCCCCUUUAUAGUUUCAUUGUACGACUACAAAGCCGAAAGUAUUCUUUUUUCUGGUAGAAUUGUCAACCCACAGAUGUGAUUCGCUACAUAACUUUUUCAUACAGUAAAAUGUUAUGA